AUGCUUUAUUCUAUCUGGCUGCAGAUGGUCCUUGGGGCCAUUAACUUUGUCCUCAUAUCCUCGGUGCAAGCUGGUUCCUGGUCAUCAGGCUGGUCUGCACUGAGGAACUCCGCGAGCCCCAGCUACCGUGGAAUAGGAGAUUCUUGUCCAACGCGCUGCAGCAUGUCAGGAGCCUCAUAUGGCAACUGGUCGGUUUACCACAGCCUGGAGGAAACCCGUUUGUGUGAGCAGACCGUAUUCUCUCUUUUCAAUAUCCAUGAUACUAUCGACGACCCUGCCAGACAACAUAAAAUAUACGCCUGUUCAUCUUACGGUCCAGACUGGGUUAACAUGCCAUCCCAAGCUUCUCCGGCUGUGGUUGUCAAUAAUACAAACACGACGUAUCAGCUGGGGUGGUGGACCGAUGGCAAAUUUCAACCAGCAACCAUACAGAGCCUGGCUCGGGAAAUGGGGAAAUAUUUUAGGAACGGCCAUGGCCCUAUAAACCAGUCCGCAAUUCUCUUUGCUCAGGCUGGUGGCGGUACUGCCGGCAUUUACAUUGGAAAGGGGCUCCAGAACGAGGGUAUUGCCGAUUUUGCUCUCAAAAACCUGCAAGAUAACAUCCAAUCCCUCAACGUCCACAGCGGAAAUGUGGCCAUGCAGCUUUGUGGUCCCGGCUAUGAUCCUGAUCACACCUUUGGCUUUAUCGCUGCUAGUAAUGGCACCUUUACUCAAGUCCAGAAUGCCAUUCAGGCUUGGUCCAAGGGUGACUGCCUCUCAUUUUACGCGUCCCAAAAUAUCAGCGGUCCUUCCUAUUUUACCACACUCUCCCGAAACGCAACUAUUGCUAAAAAUGGAACUAUCUCAACAAAUUCGACUUUGAAUCAUUCCGCCCGUAGCUCCCAUGGACAUUCUUCCCAUAGCUCCCAUCGACAUUGGGCCCGUGGUGACUGCACAGCCAUCCAGGUUAAAUCUGGUGAUUCCUGUGCUUCUUUAGCAGCUGAAUGUGGGAUUUCUGGGUCAGACUUUACAAAUUACAAUUCAGCAUCCGACCUUUGCUCCUCACUUCAGCCAGGUCAGCACGUGUGCUGUUCGUCUGGGACGUUGCCGGACUUUGCGCCGCAACCCAACGCUGAUGGAUCGUGCGCUACAUACACAGUUCUCUCCGGCGAUUCGUGCUCAGCAAUCGCAGCUACCUACAGCCUAACACUCGAUAAGUUGAACGACUACAAUAAAAACACAUGGGGCUGGGGAGGUUGUAAUGACUUGCUAAUUGGUAACAUCAUUUGCCUAAGCUCUGGCUCAGCGCCGAUGCCAGCCCCUGACGCAAACGCCGUGUGUGGUCCCACGGUGUCUGGCACUAAGGCUCCUACAGAUGGGACGGCCAUUGCAGACCUCAACCCUUGUCCUCUUAAUGCCUGCUGCAAUAUCUGGGGUCAGUGUGGUAUCACAGCUGAGUUCUGUACAGCUACAAACUCAAGCACAGGUGCACCAGGGACAGCCGCGCCUGGUACUAAUGGGUGCAUUUCCAAUUGCGGCACAGACAUCGUCAAGAGCGGUGCACCAGCCACAUAUCGGAACGUCGCUUACUACGAAGCUUCUAAUCUUGACCGAGCCUGCCUCUAUCAGGACAUAUUGCAAGUAGAUAGCUCGUUGACGCAUUUGCAUUUUGCAUUUGCCACCCUGGACCCAACCAACUACGCAGUCAGCGUUGGCGAUGUACUUAGUUCGUACGAAUUCGAGAGCUUGAAGCGCUUAUCCGGACCCCUCCGGAUCCUGACAAUUGGCGGCUGGGACUUCUCGACUAGUCCCAGCACCUACACUAUAUUCCGCAAUGGUGUGACGGCAGCCAACCGUUUGACUAUGGCGAAGAACAUUGCGAACUUUGUCAUAGACCAUGGACUGGAUGGUGUGGAUAUCGAUUGGGAGUAUCCGGGGGCACCAGAUAUUCCAGGCAUUCCACCCGCCAGCAAAGACGAUGGCUCGAACUACUUGAACUUCUUGGUAAUUUUGAAGAAUCUACUGGGUAGCAAAUCAUUGUCAAUCGCGGCCCCAGCAUCCUACUGGUAUCUAAAAGGCUUCCCCAUUGCUCAAAUCAGCAACAUCGUAGACUAUAUUGUCUUCAUGGCCUAUGAUCUCCAUGGCCAAUGGGAUUAUGGCGCGAAAAGCUCUCAAGAAGGGUGCCCAACAGGCAAUUGUUUACGAAGCCACGUGAACUUGACUGAAACGGUGUCAGCCUUAUCUAUGGUUACAAAAGCCGGCGUACCUUCUAACAAGGUUGUCGUCGGAGUUUCAAGCUAUGCCCGCUCUUUUGCGAUGGCUGAAGCCGGCUGUUACACUGAGAACUGCUUCUUCACCGGGUCUUCAUCUGUGUCAAAUGCAGAGCCGGGCGUCUGCACGAAUACGGCGGGAUACAUUUCAAACGCGGAGAUUAAUGAGAUUAUGGGUAAUUCGAGCCGUGUCACGACUUCAUAUGUCGACAAGUCAAGCCACAGCAAUAUCCUUGUCUAUGAUGGUACCCAAUGGGCUGCCUACAUGGAUGACACGACAAAGUCUGAACGCGUGGCGUUCUACAAAGGUCUUGAAAUGGGUGGUGGCACGCUUUGGGCUUCCGACCUUUCAAAGUAUAAUAGCGCUCCUUAUCCAAGCAGCAGUUGGACGACUUUCCGUUCAAACGUUAGAAUUGGAACGGAUCCGUACGCUGAAGGUAGUCGGACCGGCAACUGGACGACCCUGACCUGCGAUGACCCAUCCGUCACGAAUCUCGCGAACUUGACUUCAAAGGAGCGGUGGGACCAAAUGGACUGCCCUAAUGCCUGGGCAGAUGCCAUGAAUGUCUGGUUUAACAUUGACAAACCUGCCAAUUCAUUAACCUUUACUGAGUCAAUAUCGAACACCCUUCACGCCCCUGAAAUGGCCGAUUGUGGGGACUAUAAAGCCACCAGCAAUUGUAUUCAAACUUCUACUUGUGUGUCAAUUAUAGGAAACCAUAGUGGCCCGGCUGCCUAUGCCAUCUGGAACUCGAUGAUAGUUGUGCACGAGAUGUAUAUCACCUAUAUCAACGCUCUACACGAUGCUUUCAGUGACGUGAUAAACCCGGCACUCCAAAAUCUAGAAAACACGUUCGCGCCCGUCUCCCCUCCAAAGAGUGACGAGUGGCUUGGUAUUCUACUGUCUAUAAUCGGUCUCGUCGGUACCGUCGCCGGUUCUGCAUUUUUCAAUUCAUUCUUGUCUGCUAUGCCAUAUUUUAAAGCCAACAAAGCUCUCUACGACAACCUAAAGGAUACCACUAAGGGCCUUGUGUCGUUUGGCACAGGUCUGACUGGAACAUUGGCUAAACCAGGAAGCGUGUCAGCCGGGGAUUGGACUGUCCAGGACCAGGCUGUAUUCUCCCAGUACAUGGGCCAGUCCAUCUUUGCCUGGGCCAAUUUGACCCAGGUAGCAUUGCGGAAUCUUUUCAAUGGCGACCAAGAUGGACUAACAGCGCUCACUAAUCUCAUUUCAGACGGUAAGUUCAUCGAAGGUGCUGUCAACGGAGCAGGGAAUUACCCCCCGACAGGCUCUGGCCUUGACAACUCAUACGCCGCGCUGGAGGCAAGUGUUGCUACGUCCUUUUUCGCGUUUACAAUCCCUGCUCUCUGGAAGUUUUCGAGCACGUACGCGUUUGUCCUCGACUCGGGCGCUUCAUGUGGCACUACCGACCCGCUUUCCACAUACAUGAGCAGCGCCGUCAUGACUGCCUCUGGGUAUUGCUUCAACAACAAUUGGUAUUACCUAGUCUACCCUCACGAAUAUCCAAGCUCCAGUUGCUCAAACACUCCUGAAACCCCUGCACGAUGUGACAACUAUAUGUUUGAUGCAGUUCCAGGCAUCAAAUCACUGGAUGGCUCGUUUGGGGGCGUCACUCUCGCGGAUCUCAUUGUCGGCGCCGUGAACACCUACGUGAGCAACGGCAACUCAAACACCGGCACCGUCGCUAAUCCCGCCAAUUCGGGUACAUUGGAUCAAUUGUAUAACCAAAACAUCACUACGCCUGGAUAUAUCACGAUUCCGGUCUGCAGCCCCAGCACGGCCGAGACAGCAGUCAACGCCAAACAAAGCAACGUGGCCAACUAUCCCUGCAAUGCACUGCAGGCGAUUAGCGACUGUGGCGACUCGACGUUCGUCGACCAGACUAGCGCCGCGUCGCCGAAGGUCGACGACUGUCUGCAAAUCGUGGCCAACAUCCAGAAUACGCUGGGCGAGUGGGAGGUGGAAAACGCCGUCGAGCAACAGCAUCAGUUGGUGCAGUAUGGCACCUGCAAAUUUGGCGUCCAGGGUAAAGGAAUUAAUGGUAACAUCGACUUCCACAUUGGCGCCCAGGACAUUAUCGAUAUCAUCCAUUCGUCGAUCAGCAAGUUUGCUUCGAACGGCGUCGUCGGGUCCAUGGGAGAAAUGAACUGCAACGGCAACGUGAAACAGCAGGCAGUAGAGUGGGGUCUUUACUAG